UUGUGUGUUUUUAUUAAGUGGGAGGAGCUACAGCAGCUGAUAUUUGUGAUGUCAAAUUAAAGAAAAUACCUGACUGAGUUGUUUUCAGCUGUACAAAGAUUUGCAUUAUUUUAUAAAAGUACUGAGGCAAUGAAAUAAAUGACAGAAUAAGGGUAUAAAUACACUAUGACAGUAUUAAGUGUACAGAACACUGUAUUGGUUGUAUUUUUAAGAAUCUCAUUGAAGUAUAAAACAUUACUUUAGUUUAUAAUGUUCUAAGCUUCAGUCAAUGACGUGUAAUUCUCCCUCUGGCCUGUCGGCAGCACCGUCCAGAUUCUGCCUGCAAUGUAGCAGCAGAAGAAGAGCCAGACCAGAAACUAAACAGCGCGGAAGAGCAGCGCGUGACGGAAUAAUACUUCAAUCUCUGCGAAAGUAAACAAACGGCUUCAGGUAGACCAGCUGAUCGACUAACUAUAUCUGCGUCAUUGACUCCAACUGACCAAUGAGCUUUAGUGUAACACAGCUAACCGCUAACGUUGUUAGCCCUGCAGCUAGCUAGCUCCACGCGGUCAGCCAAUCAGAGCGGAGCUACAGCUGCGCUCUGAUUCUAACAUUAAUAUAAGUCAUAGUUGAUUUUAUAUACAUUUAUAAUAAAUAGACGUCACUCAGCUGAAAUAUUUUAUAUUUUUGACUGAUAAGUUUAAUAAUUAAAGACUUUCUAUAAUCAAUAUAUCGAUUAUAUUUAAUAUAUAGUCACAGCCUUUAUACUAAAUCUUAUUAAAUGCAUACAGACAAUCACUGUAUAAUAAUUUACGUCCGUCCUAAAAUUAAUGUUUGGUGCUUUCUAAUAGUUUCACUCAUGAAUUUAGUUGAAGCUGAGUUGGUAAUAUUAUAUUUUCAAGCUCAUGGACUCUCCACCUGAAACUCUCACCUGGUUACCGUUGGUUACAGCAUGGAGCGCUCUGAUUGGAUGGACGACUCACUGACUGCACUGCCUCCAGAUUUCCAAUCAACAGGAUGUCAGACUGUGAUGAAGGUGACCAGAGGAAGGUGGAGUCCACCAGCAGGAUGUGGGCGGAGUCUCAGCCGGGUCCGUCCAGGUGUCAGCCCAGCAGACAGGGUUACUGUGGGUACUGCAGAGUCCUCUACAGCAACCUGGACCAGCACCUGUCCAGUCUCAGACACAUGGAUUCUGUCCGGGCGUCCUCCCGAGGAUCCAGCACUGUCUCCUCCUCCUCCAGCAGCAGAACCAAACUAACUCUGCUGGAGCGCUUCCUGCAGGAUGUCCUGCAGCACCACCCGCACCGCUACAACGACUCCAGGCCAUCUCACGCUGACCUCCCAUCAGUCUCCACCCCUCUGUUGCCGAGGGCGGAGCUUGACAAACUCUGUUUGCCUGACGACGACGACAGGCGGUCGCUGGGCACUCGUGAGCACCUGUCCAGCUCUGACCACGCCUCCUGCCAGCCGGCCAAUCAGAAGGAAGACGACUGCACACACAGCCAAUCAGGAGAGGGAUUCACAGUGUUUGGGAGUCAGGAGAGGCUGUCUGAGCCAAUCAGAGAGCAGGAAGACGGAGAGAUCAUCACCACAGGGAACACACUGUUGUCACAGGUUCAGGCCCCGCCCCCACACCGUCAGGCCCCGCCCUCAGUCCACAGGAAGGCCCACAGGAAGACCAACAGGAGGAAAACCAGCACCUCCUCGACCUCAUCACCGCCCCACCGGAGUCCAGACCCUGGUCCCCGUCCAGACUCUGGUCCCAGUCCAGACCCUGGUCCCAGUCCAGACCCUGAUCCCGGUCCAGACCCUGGUCCCCGGCCCCCCACAGAGUCCAUGCCCUGGUGGAGCUGGCAGAAGGAGAGGAGGGAGGCCCACAAAGAGGAGGCGUUCUCCUCGGACCACAGCGACUCUCUGGACCGGACCAUCGAGGAGGUGAUCCAGGUGUGUUGUCAUGGUGUCAGUUCCGCUCCCUUCCAGCAGGAGGAGACGGAGAGCUUCCACUUCAGCCUCCCCGUCUCCAUCGAAACACAGAGUGACGACUGGGACUCACCUGUACAGAGACGACAAACACUCGGGGACACACCUGUCCAGGUGACCCAGGUGGGGGGGCAGGACCUGAGCGGUCUGAUGGACGUUCAGGUGGACCUGGAGGACCAGGUGUACUCCUACCAGCUAGACUCCGCCCUCCACAGUGAGGCCAGGCAGGACCAGGGCUUCUGGAGUCUGCCGAUAGAGGAGGUCUUACCUGCUCCAGAACAUAUACCAGAAUCCUUCAGGGGGAAGACCUGGACCCAGAUUGAGCAGGACGACGAGGGGAAGGUGGAGAAACUGGUCCGACAGUUCAGACGGGGGAGAUUCAUCUGCUACUUCGACACCGAGUCUCUGGCCAGGUACGGUAGGAGGAGCCAAAACAAAGGAGGUGGUGAGAACAAGGAGGCGGAGCCAGCCAUUGGUGUCCUGCCAUUAUUGGACGGUGAUGACAAUGACUCAAUGUACGUUAGGAGCAGGAGGAGAAAGAGGCGGGCCUUCAGAGUGGCGUCCAGGUGUCAGGUUGUUAAAGUCAGUCACAGCACUCAGACGAUCCGAUUGGUCGUCCCAGCUGUCUGUGAACCAUCUUCGGAGGCCCCGCCCACUAGCGUCUCUCCAGCCAAUCAGGACGCAGCAGAGAGGACUCCUGAGACGUGGAGCUGCCUCCCUCCGUCGUACUCAAACAUCAUCACACCUGUGCAGCCUCGCACCUCUCUGGUCUACCUGCUCUGCUCCCCCUCAGGCCCCGCCCCCUCCUACACACCUGCACCAGGCUCCGCCCUCAAGCGCUGCAGGAAGAAGAGGCGUCCGUUGGAUGUGCAGGGGUUAAAGGUGAAAUACAAACAGCUUCCUGUCAGGUUCUACGAGCCGAGCAGCAACCGCAUCCUGAAGAACCCCCCGAGAGGUCCGCCCCCUCCAGCCCGCCCCCCCCCAUGUGUCCGUCAGCUGUUCAGAAGUCUCAGUCUGGACCUGAACGCUGACAGGGACUCAGCACAAGACACAGUCAGGAGGCGGAGCAGGACCUCUCAAGCCCUGCCCCCAGUGCGGGGGCGGAGGGGGAGGAGGGACAGGACACACCCCCCACCCUCCAAGACAAGAACCAGGGCUAAAACCAUCCCUCCCCAGCCCAGGAGAGAAGGCCUACGUUCUACGGGCCGGGGUAGGAGCCGCAGGGGGCAGGGCUACGAGAGGGGACGGAGGUAGCAGGACACCUGUUCAGGUAGCAGGACACCUGUUCAGGUACCAGCCUCAUUCAUAAACUGCUGGAGUUUAUUGAAGUCAAUAUUAGAAUGAAAUCAUCUGAUCAAUAUGAAAAUGUUAUUUUACAUUUGUGUGCAGAAAGUUAAUUAUGAUUUAUAUUUUUUUAUUUCAUAAAUUCAUAAAAAUAAAAAAGCAUAUAUUUGGAAUUUAAAUUGUAAUAAAUCAUGAUAAUUUAAAUAUGCACACAAAUAGAAAAUGAAACUGUAAUUUGAUGAAAUUAUUUUAUUAUGAUGUUGGCAGCUGUUUGUUUCUGUGACACUAAACAAACCUGGUCAGGUGACACCUGCCUUUUCUUCAGGUACUGUGGUUUGAUUCUUUUUAUACCUUUACACUCUGUUUAUUUAAUUAUCAAUACGUUAAUGUUUAAUAAACAACUUUUAUAACCUGAA